CACUAGUGGCCCCAUCAUGGAAAUCGUUCUUUUGCUUCUCGGGCUUUUGGCCCCACUGCUCUUAUGCAGUCCAAUCAAACAUGCCGACCCUGGCCCUCGACAAGUUGGCCCAAUUCCUCGGGGUAUCCAAGGCAAUACAUCCUCGCUGCCAGCCGAUAUCCCAUGGCACGGUUAUGAUCUUAACACAAAUUACUAUAAAACUACUCCGGAAACCAACGUUGUCCGCGAAUACUGGUUUGAUAUCGUCAACACAACCGCCGCCCUCGACGGAGUCGAAAGAUCAGUGCUCCUGGUUAACGGGCAGUUCCCCGGGCCUACCAUCGAGGCCAACUGGGGGGACAUCGUCAAGGUCCAUGUCACGAAUCGCAUGCAAGACAAUGGCACCGCCAUCCAUUUUCACGGUAUUAGACAGUUGUACAACAACCAGAUGGACGGUGUCGCGGCGCUGACCCAGUGCCCCGUUCCGCCUAACUCCAGCUAUACCUAUGUCUGGAGAGCAGAGGCAUACGGUUCGAGCUGGUACCAUUCGCACUUUUCUCUCCAAGCAUGGGAGGGAGUCUUCGGAGGCAUCGUGAUUCAUGGUCCCGCAGCGGCAGAAUAUGACCACGAUUUGGGGGUACUUUUCCUUAAUGACUGGUCACAUCAGACCGUCGACGAGAUGUAUCAAUCUGUGCUCGAGAGCCCGAACCCUCCUCACUUCCAGACCGGACUUAUCAACGGGAGCAACAUUUGGACCAACAUGGAUAAUCAGACGGUCGGUCGUCGAUUCCAGACAGAAUUUGUUCCAGGUCAAAGAUAUCGGAUUCGGUUGGUCAAUGCAGCCAUGCACACCCAUUUCAAGUUCUCCAUCGACAAUCACGACCUUACCGUCAUCGCUAAUGACUUUGUCCCCAUUGUGCCGUUUACAACAAACAAUGUCCCUAUUGGUAUGGGUGAGCGUUACGAUAUCGUCGUGACAGCGAACCAGAACCCUGACAACUACUGGAUCAGGGCAAUCCCGCAGUCGUUCUGUAGCGACAAUAGUAACCCGGAUAACAUCCGAGGUAUCCUGCACUACAAAGGAGCCGCGGAUGACUCUGAUCCAACGAGCAGCAAGUGGGAUUACGGUGACGAUAUCCAAUGCCUGGAUUUUUCCCCGUCCGAACUUGUCCCAUGGCUUGCUCUUGAUGCAGAUAUUGGAGGUGCUCAGACGGUGGCAUCGGAUGUAGACUUCCUACCAUUCGGUGAUGUCCCGUUGUAUCUGUGGACCCUAGGAGGAAAUGCUCUCAACAUCUCUUGGAACGACCCCACUCUGCAGCAGACCUUUGAAGACCCUGAUAAAAUGAACUGGACAGCCAACCAAGGAGUAAUAGAGGCCGCAACAGCGUAUCAAUGGACCGUUCUAGUUAUCCAAACGGACAUUCCGGUUCCUCAUCCCAUACAUCUGCAUGGCCACGACUUCUACGUCCUUGCUCAAGGGUUCGGCAGAUUCAGCCCUCAGAAUGUCACACUCAAAACAACCAACCCACCCCGCCGUGACACUGCUCUCAUGAUCGCCAGUGAAGAAGAUGACGGUGGAUUCCUGGUCAUCGCCUUCCCUGCUGAUAACCCGGGUGUGUGGCUUAUCCACUGUCACAUUGGGUUUCACGCGACCGAAGGAUUUGCGCAGCAAAUUGUGGAGCGACAGAAUGACUUCAACACCUUCUUCAAUGCAGACCUGUUGGAGAAUACCUGCGCAGCAUGGGACGAGUAUGCCAAGGUCAACCCGUACGGAAACCAGUAUCGGGGUCUUCAUGGACCAUAUGAGUCGGGAAUAUAA